ACCAGCCCGUGUUUUCUUAGCCUUGCCUCUUCCCGUGUCUUUUUUUAGGUGUCCUGUGGGCAGGUUCCACAUUUAUUCAGGCCAGACACCACCCUUCAGUGCUGCUAUUUGAGGACUCGAGGAUACAGAGACCGGAGCAUAGAGCAAACAUUUCCAAACUUGUUGAGUCCUGGAGCAGCUUCGUUGGCUUUUAUCUUCUGCGUUAAAUUGUGGUCACUGGAUUCUUUGACCUGAGAGGCCCUGAGACCAGCGUGGCUCUUAGCACAGUGGCACACGGGGACUGUGGGCAUUAUGUAGGUACAAAACUGCUCAGCUAGCUGAGCAUGAAUGGUGUGGAGGGCAUCUGUAAGCAGAGCGAGGGCUGGCUAUUGUGGCAGUCUGCUGGAGAAACUGGCUCCAGUACUGGGAGCCAUCAGCACAUUCACUGGGGAUGAGCAAGCAGGACUGGGCAGAGGAAGACUCCCUUCAAACCUUCACCCCUCCCAGCUCUGAAUCAUUCUGAACAAGCAUGGGGUCACUGUGAGCUUCCAGCACAGAGUGGAAGUGCCCUACAUGGGCUCGGCUUCUCGCAGGAUUUUCUUCUCAGCUCUGAUAACUCUUGGAGUUUGGAGAAGGCAGAAGGACAGACCUGGAUGUUUGGCUGCUCCGUUGGGUACCAGGAUGAGGGGCAGCUUUGGAGACCACAGGACACAGAGGUCUGCACCGAGCACCCUUUGAAGCUUGCCUGUCCCUUGCAUCUAUAUGAGCAAGUGGGGCUGGGAUACAGCGUGCCUAGAGAGGGCUGCUUGAAGAAGGGAAAAGGUGCCCGAGAUCAGCGUGGGAUCCUCAGUGGGCGUGUGACUCUUGGAGGCCCUGGGAGUUUGGAAGAGAAGAGCGAGUGAGCCCCAGCUUGCGAGCGGGCCAUCCCCAGCGGAGUCCCCAUGGAGUUGUGGAGCCCAGUUGCCAACCAAUAGCAGGAAAACUGGGAUGUUUACCUGGAGGUCCCUCAUCUUUUGGGCUGUGCUGGUCACAGCCACACUGUCCACCGCACGGCCAGCACCGACUCUGCCAGACCAAGUUCUGCCCAAAGCGAAAAUUGACGUGGAGUCGUAUUCGGCUCACCCAGGCGACCUCCUCCAGUUGCGUUGCCGGCUGCGGGAUGACGUCCAGAGCAUCAACUGGGUGCGCAACGGAGUCCAGCUGUUGGAGAGCAACCGCACACGCAUCACCGGGGAGGAGGUAGAGGUCAGGGACGCUGUGCCCGAGGACUCUGGGCUCUAUGCCUGCAUGACCAACAGCCCCUCGGGGAGUGAGACCACCUACUUCUCCGUUAAUGUCUCAGAUGCCCUUCCAUCGGCGGAGGAUGACGACGAUGACGAUGACUCCUCCUCCGAGGAGAAGGAGGCCGACAACACCAAGGAGAACCACGCCGUGGCUCCAUACUGGACAUACCCUGAGAAGAUGGAGAAAAAGCUUCAUGCAGUCCCAGCUGCCAAGACGGUGAAGUUCAGGUGCCCGUCAGGUGGGACACCCAACCCCACGCUGCGCUGGCUGAAGAACGGCAAGGAGUUCAAGCCCGACCACCGCAUCGGCGGAUAUAAGGUUCGGUAUGCCACCUGGAGCAUCAUCAUGGACUCAGUGGUGCCGUCCGAUAAAGGCAACUACACCUGCAUCGUGGAGAACAGAUAUGGCAGCAUCAACCACACCUACCAGCUCGACGUAGUGGAGAGGUCCCCUCACCGACCCAUCCUCCAAGCCGGGCUCCCCGCAAAUAAGACAGUGGCUCUGGGCAGCAAUGUGGAGUUUGUGUGCAAGGUUUACAGUGACCCCCAGCCCCACAUCCAGUGGCUGAAGCACAUCGAGGUCAAUGGCAGCAAGAUUGGGCCUGAUAACCUGCCCUAUGUCCAGAUCCUGAAGACGGCUGGAGUUAACACAACAGACAAAGAAAUGGAAGUCCUUCACUUAAGGAAUGUCUCAUUUGAGGAUGCUGGGGAGUAUACAUGUUUGGCGGGUAACUCUAUUGGGAUCUCCCACCACUCUGCAUGGUUGACAGUUCUCGAAGCCAUGGAAGAAAAGCCAGCCUUGAUGACCUCACCCGUGUACCUGGAGAUCAUCAUUUACUGCACAGGGGCCUUCCUUAUCUCCUGUAUGGUGGUGACUGUCAUCAUCUACAAGAUGAAGAGCACCACCAAGAAGACCGACUUCAACAGCCAGCUGGCCGUGCACAAGCUGGCCAAGAGCAUCCCACUGCGCAGACAGGUAACAGUGUCUGCAGACUCCAGCUCCUCCAUGAACUCGGGCGUGAUGCUUGUCCGGCCCUCACGGCUCUCCUCCAGCGGGACCCCCAUGCUGGCAGGCGUUUCUGAAUACGAACUGCCCGAAGACCCUCGCUGGGAGCUGCCUAGGGACAGGCUGAUCCUGGGGAAGCCGCUGGGGGAAGGCUGCUUCGGGCAGGUGGUUCUGGCUGAAGCCAUUGGCCUGGACAAGGACAAGCCAAACCGAGUGACUAAAGUGGCAGUGAAGAUGCUCAAGUCGGAUGCCACGGAGAAGGAUCUCUCGGACCUCAUCUCAGAGAUGGAGAUGAUGAAGAUGAUCGGCAAGCACAAGAACAUCAUCAACCUCCUGGGAGCCUGCACGCAGGACGGUCCGCUGUACGUGAUUGUGGAGUAUGCGUCCAAAGGCAACCUGCGGGAGUACCUGCAGGCGCGGCGGCCCCCCGGCAUGGAGUACUGCUACAACCCCUCUCGCAUCCCCGAGGAGCAGCUCUCCUUCAAGGACCUGGUAUCCUGUGCCUACCAGGUCGCCAGGGGGAUGGAGUACCUGGCUUCCAAAAAGUGCAUUCACAGGGACCUGGCUGCCAGGAAUGUCCUGGUGACAGAAGACAAUGUGAUGAAGAUUGCAGACUUCGGGCUGGCCCGGGACAUCCACCACAUUGAUUACUACAAGAAAACAACUAACGGUCGCCUGCCAGUAAAGUGGAUGGCUCCAGAGGCCUUGUUCGACAGAAUAUACACCCAUCAGAGCGACGUGUGGUCCUUUGGGGUGCUGCUGUGGGAGAUCUUUACGCUCGGCGGCUCACCAUACCCUGGGGUGCCUGUCGAGGAGCUCUUCAAGCUGUUGAAAGAAGGCCAUCGGAUGGACAAGCCCAGCAACUGCACCAACGAAUUGUACAUGAUGAUGCGAGAUUGCUGGCACGCUGUCCCAUCCCAGAGACCCACCUUUAAGCAGCUGGUAGAGGACUUGGAUAGGAUCGUGGCCAUGACCUCCAACCAGGAGUACUUGGAUCUCUCCAUGCCGCUGGAUCAGUAUUCUCCCAGUUUCCCAGACACCCGCAGCUCCACGUGCUCCUCGGGAGAGGACUCUGUUUUUUCUCAUGAUCCUCUUCCAGAUGAACCUUGUCUUCCCAAGUACCCACCUCAGCACGCCAACGGGGGACUGAAACGACGCUGAGGCUGGGACUCGCCAACAACAGACUGCAAACUCUGUGUCUGUAUGUGCAGGGUUUUUGGUUGUAGCCGUGUUGGUCUAAGGACCUAGGCAGGCAAAGAAGCUUGCCUGCCUGUGUGUGUAUGUGUGCACGCGCGCAUCUCCGCCACCCAGGCUGCUGGCGGGAUUGCUGUCUGCACAGCCAUCAGUCAUGUUUAGCUAUUGCAUAAAAGGAUUUCCAAGAUCCAACCGUAGCAUCUCAUAUAGCCAAAACCACCACCACCUCGUGCCAGCUUCUCCAGCCGCCUUAGUUGUGAACGCUCCUGACGGUUUGUCUUUAAUUCCUUUCCACAAAAUCUAUGCUUGAAUAUUUCCAGUGGAUUAAACAUGAAUCCAGUUCUUUGGCCAGUGCCCGGUGAGAGAACCAGUUCAGGCUCCUGCACCUGGAACCAGUUGAUGAUGUGCAUUCCCUUCUCUGAAAAGGAUCCUGCGGACAUGAACUUCCCGAGGAGGCCAGGAAAAGCUGGGCUGUUCCUGUUUUAUUCUUUCAACACAGUACGAUUUUAACUGAAACAGCUUGAUAAGCUACAGACAUCACUAAGCAGUGGAUUUCUGCGGCAGCUCGGCCUCCAGCGAGGAAGUGCUAACUAGGAAGUCUUAAUGCUUUGGGACCAUCGCUCUCUUGGGUGGUUCGGGAGCCCAAGCUGUGUGGAUACUGCUAUAUGAGAUGGUUUUAAGGCUGGUGCCAAUGGCUUAUUAAUUCCAAUUCUAAUUUGCUUUGCUGACCAAACACAUGGUACCUUGGAAGUGGCCAGAUACAACAUAUACACCUGCUCAGCACUGAUACUAGAAGAAGCAGCCAAACAUACCAGUGCUAAAAACAACAAAAAAAUCUUGUGUACAUAGCUAAAAAUAUGUAUAAAUAUGAAUAUAUAUUUACAUGUCUUUUUAAAAGGGUUGUUGCCAGAGAUAUACCAGUUUGGUAGAAAGGUACUAGUGGCUGGUAGAGAUCUGUUGCUAUAAAAAAAAAAAAAGUUCAUAUAUUUUGCUACUUUUGCUGUUUUUAUUUUUUUAAAUUAUGUUCUAAACCUAUUUCAGUUUAGGUCCCUCCAUAAGAAUUGCUGCUGCUGCUGCUUCAGUUUUAUAUGGGGUUGUAUUAAACAAUAAUAUUAAUAAUAAUAAUAAUAAUGUGUUGAUGCCUUUUGGGAAUACGUUGUCAUUAUAUCAAUGGCCUUUCCCUCCUCUCGUUCACCUCCCCUUCUUGUCAGGUCUUCUGUUGGCCUCUGCCCUGGCGCUGGGUCCUGGAGCAGAGGGCCUCAUGCGGUCAUUGAAGUUGGGCAGAGCUUGUGACGCACCCGCUUUGCCACAAAUGUGUAAUAGCAACAGGCUAGAGAGCGCCUGUCUUCUGUAUUUUAAAAAUAGGGGGUUUAGCAUACGGUCCAUGGUGGGGUCGGGACUUUUUGUCUGUGCGGGGGGGGAGAAAAGCACCUUUCCCAGCCUUCACCAUGGGCAUUGGCUCCUCGCAGGGAAGAAUGAAUAAUUUGCACCCCAUCCCGCAGUGAGAAAUGGCUUGUCCAGAGCUGUGGGGCCACUUUUGGGCUUCUGGAAAUGGCCGGGAGCUCUGAGCCAGCACACAGGUUACUGGAGCAUCUCUGACCCUGCUGCCAACUGUGCAUUCAGUCUGUACCUGUGCCUGCUUCCAGCAUGUCUCAUCCCUGCCGCUGGGCCAGCUCUGCUUCCUGCCACGUGUUCCCAGUGCCACUCUCGUUCCAGGAGGCAGAGGGCUGUGUGGAUGAGCGACCCUCCACCUCUCCCCUGCCCCAGCCAGUGCAACGCUUUCCCCAAAACAAUCCUCGAGUGUCUUACAAGCACCUGGUCCUUCCAGCAGCAAGACCCCAUACUGCGGGGGCAUACAUGUUUCCUUCCCAGUGGGAAGGUGAGAUGAGAGCUCCCUUUGGAGGUACAGUCUGGGACACGCUUCUCCCAGGCUCUGCUGGAAAUAUCCCGUGACAUUACCUUCCCACCCGUCCCCACCCCUCCUUGUCUUUGAACACUAUUUGUCCAAUGGCACUUUUGGUUCUAUAGAAACCCCAGCCCUGCCUUUUAUUGGAAACACCAGAUGUGCGCAGGAAUGUUCCCGGGAUCUUUUUGUUAGCAUAGAAACAACCCAGAGCCCUGUAGCUUGGGCUGUGGCAGGGAAGAGUGCAUUCUUCUACAUGAGGCCACAGCCCACUUUUUGGCCUCUGCUUGUGCCAGACCCUGCAGUGCUCUGAACGCCGUGUUACCAGCCUUCAGUAAACUCCCGCUCUGUGCUGUUGGCUUUGAAGGCUACGUCCAGAUCCCCCAACGGAGCAGUUCCUCUGCGGGGAAGGGGCCUUCAUGCCUGGUUUUCACCAAGCCCUUCCCUCCAAGUCACUGGCUGUUAAACUCCAGAGCCAGGACACUGUUACUUGAAAAGUUUAUUUUGCCUUUGUAUGGAGAAAUAUUAUUGUUUUAAACUCUUCUGUAAUGAAUCUGGAAUUCUUGUAAUGAUUAAAGACUUAAAC